CAAACGUCAGAGUUGUUUUGCCGUGCACAGGAGCGGCGCGGUCGCGAUGUGGCUCAGCGGAGGCGAGCCGUCGAGAUGUGGCUCCUGAUGGCGGCAUGAGGAGGCCGGAGAACCGAGCUGUGUAGCGGCCUGUGCGGGGGGGCUACGCAUCGCCACGAUGGCGUCCAACGAGAGACUGUACGAAGUGUGGAUGCUGUACUGCAAUAAGAGGGAUCCGGAUUAUCUGAAGCUGUGGCUGGAGAUCUUCAUCAGCUCGUACGAGCGAUGUCUGAAUGUGGACUUUGAGAAGCCACCCUCAAGGUUGGAGGAAGUGCCCCCAGUUCUGUCCCUUCUUCCUGACAACAUCCUGCAGGUGUUGCGCUACCAACUGCUGCAGUGUGUCCAGAAGGCCUCCGAUGGCUUGGAGACCGAACAGCAGACCUUGGCCCUGCUGCUGCUGAAGUUCCUUAUCAUCAUCUGCAGGAACUUGUCCAAUGUGGAGGAAAUAGGUACUUGCUCCUACAUCAACCACGUCAUCAACAUGACGACCCUCUACAUUCAGCAGCUGAAGAGUAAGACCAAAGAGAAGGAGAUGGUCGACCAGAGUCAGGCAGAAGAGUUUGUCCGUCAUGCGCUGGCCUUCUGUGAGAGCCUCUACGACCCUUAUCGAAACUGGAGGCACUGCACAUGCGAAGGCCAGCUGGGUGCGGUGGACAGAAGCAGACAAAAGUACAAAGCAGCGCCGCUCACUGUCGAGUUUGUUCCCUUCUUUUACCAGUGCUUCCAGGAGAGCGAACACCUUAAAGACAGUCUGAAAUGCUGCCUGUUGCACCUGUUCGGAGCCAUCGUUGCUGGCGGACAGAGGAAUGCUCUGCUGGCCAUUUCCCCAGCCACCAUGGAGGUGUUAAUGCGGGUGCUGGCUGACUGCUCCACGGGGGGCUGCUCCUCCGAGGAUGGUGAGGACUGGGACAGUGAGGCCCCCGACCGCAAGGCGCUGCUGACGCUGGGCUGCCUGCGGGAGGUUGUGCACCGACUGCUGGCCUCAAGCUCGGACCAGCGCCAGGUGGAGAUUGCCUCUGUGCUGGAGAACUAUUUCAAGCUGCUCAACUCGGACCCGGCUGCCGUCGCCACACAGCAGCAGCAGCCUAAAGGCAGAGCGCCACUGCUGGGCCACCACUGGGAGAGCCGCUUUGUCGCACUGCAAGUACACAUGCUAGACACUAUCAGGGACAUGUUCCUGUGCUCAGACAGGCCCGUCCUCCAAGCCAUCUUCCUCAACAGCAACUGUUUUGAGCACCUGACCAGACUGCUGCAGAACAGCAAGGUGUUUCAAGGGCGACUCGACUCGCUCGCUGUAGCCACCAUCAAAGCCUUGACGACAGUGAUGCACAAGUCACCAGCGGCAAAGGAAGUGUUCAAGGAGCGAAUUGGUUACAAUCAGCUAUAUGAGGUACUCGUCUCCCUGGGCCAGCCAUCCAGACACCUUCUCAAAGAGCUCAUGAACAUGGCGGUGGAGGGCGAGCACUCCUCUGUAGGGAUCCUGGGUAUUAGCAAUGUGGAGCCCCUGCUGCUGCUGGUCCAGUGGCUGCCGGAGCUGGAAUCCUCGGAGCUGCAGAUCUUCGCCGCAGACUGGCUCCGCCGUUUGUGCUGCCUCAACCGUCAGACCCGUGCUACCUGCGUCAAUGCCUCCAUUGCUCUGUGGGUGUUGGCUGCCCUGGAGCGUCACCAACGAUUGCAUCGCACCUGCGCUGAGAGUCUCCUGGGGCUCCUGGGUUCACUGGGCUCCCAAUCCCUGAGUGCCGGAGAACUCUUUGGGCUACUGCGUCUCAUUAGACCCCUGGGGUCUGGCCAGGCACACCCCUAUGUGGGCCCAGGUCUCAGGGCUCUCCUGGUCAUGGUACGCAAGCAGGGUCUAGAGAGUGCCAUGCAGUACUUUGACCUGUCGCCCAGUAUGGCUGGCAUCGCUGUGCCAACAGUUCAGCGCUGGCCAGGUUCUGCCUUUAGUUUUCUGGCCUGGUUAUCACUGGACCAAGACCAGCAGGGCCCACUCAGCAAAGGGGACAAGAGGAAGCAGUUAUACAGCUUUUUCACCCCAGGAGGGACAGGUUUUGAGGCCUUCAUCAGCACAGCGGGGGUGCUAGUUGUGGCUGUGUGCACUAAAAAGGAGUAUGUCACUGUGAUGCUGCCAGACUACUGCUUCUGUGACUCGCUUUGGCACAGCAUUGGUGUGGUCCAUGUGCCUGGGAAGAGGCCGUUCGGACAAAGUCUUGUCUACAUCUACGUCGACGGGCAGCAGAAACUUUCAGCGCCUCUCAAAUACCCCAUUAUGACAGAGCCUUUCACCUAUUGCUGCAUUGGUUCAGCAGGCCAGCGGACCACUACGCCCCCACCCUCUCAAAUCCCUGAUCCCCCAUUCUCCUCAGCCGCUGCUCCUCCUGGCCGUUCCUCGCUGGGGGGCAUUCUGUCGCCACAGGCUUGGGGGGGGCUGCUUGGGGGCAAGCAACAGUCGGUGACCAAGCUGAUCUCGGCAGGGACCCAGGACAGCGAGUGGGGUAGCCCCACUUCUCUGCAGGGCCAGCUGGGCAGCGUCAUGGUCUUUCAUGAGCCUCUUCAGCCAAACCACAUCAAAGCCAUCUGUAGUGCCGGCCCAAACUGUAUCUCACCUUUUAAAGCCCAGGAGUCAGAGCUCGGAGAUCUCUCAACCAAACUCCUGCUGCACUACUCACCCAAGGCCUGUAGGAACCCCAUUUGCCUGGAUCUUUCCCCUAAUCUGCUGCAUGGACGCCUAACGGGAAACAAAGUAGUCAACUGGGACAUCAAGGAUAUGAUCAACUGUGUGGGCGGUCUGCCGGUGCUCUUCCCCAUCCUGGAGCAGCUGGCCCUCGUAACUUCUCACCAACAGGACCAUGAACCCACCACAGGAUCAGAGUUCAUCAACCCUGACGUGGCUACACCUGCCGACGGGGACUGGGUCAUCCUUCCGUCCAACAGAGCUUCAGAGGCACGUCUGGAGAAGAACCUGGUGGCAACCUUCAUUUUGGUGCUGAAACACUUCCUGCAGAGACACCAAAUCAACCAGGAGAGUCUACUACAUUCACACGGUGUGGCCACACUUGGAGCCCUGCUGCAGAAGCUGCCAGCAGGCCAGGUGGAUGUGAGUGUGCUGGUGGCGGCCCAGCUGCUCGUGGAGCAGGUGACAUUUGAGAAGAACCAGGCUCUGCUCCAGCAGAUCCACACACACAUCCUGUUCAACUUCAGCAUCUGGAACCAGGGAGACUUCCCCUUAAGCAUUGGUCACAUCCAGUACAUGUCCACCGUCAUCAAAGACAACAGGAAGCAGUUCAGGAAAAAAUAUGGAGUUCAAUUCCUUCUGGACACCAUACGCUUGUAUUUCGGGAAGAACAGCAAUAAGGAGAGCAACAUAAGUGAGGAUGAUAUUCACUCCAUCCGGGCUUCCCUUUAUGGCCUCCUGAAAUACUACGUCAGCAAGGGCAUCUCCCAGGAGGAAAUGCAAAGCAUCCUGGGAUACAUUUCUGCAAUUGGGGAUGAGGAGCAGCUGUGUGGCCUGCUGGAAUUGUUACUCAGCCUUCUCCAGAGUAGUCCAGCGAGGGACCAGCUCUUCCUGCUCCUCUAUGAGCCUGGGGCUGCCGAUUCCAGCUAUGCACUGUUGCUUAAUAGCAAGUACUCAGACCGCCUCCGAGAGCUCGUCUUCAAGCUGUAUGAACGCAUGUUGCGCUGUGACCGUGUGUAUGAGAAGAAUAAACAGCGUCUACGACUGAGGGAGGCUGGGUAUUCCGGCCUGUCGCUGCUCUUCUCUGACCUGCACAUUACCCCAACCCUGGUUCGCUGCCUUCUUAACCAGGUGCUCCACACAGAUCAAGUGAUCAAUUACAGGGAUCUCAUGGCUUUAGUCCAACUAACACACCGGGCAGGACCUAGUGUACGCCUUAUUGUGUGCAAAAGGGUGCACCAGCUGCUCCAGUCGCAGCCCGACACUGCCGUCCACAUCACCAAACAGCAGUGCUGGCAGGACACCCUGAUAAGGCUCUACAUGCGAGGGAAUGUCGAAGGUACCUCGGUACUGCGAGGGGCCGACACCAUCAGCACCUGCAGCCUUGACCUAAGCCUGGGACGUCCCAGCAGCAGCAACCGUCUGGAGCUACCUCUGGAGAGGAGGGGUCGGACAGGCAGUGCAGGCCGCCUAGACAGGCUGGAAGAUGACCGGCUCAGCACAGCUGACUCGCGCUCUGUGGAAAGCCUGGAGAAUGGUGAUGUCAUUUCCCUGCUGGACACGCCACUUUCUUCGGCCUCCACAGAACCACACAAACACCCCAACUUCUGGGCUGCUGGCAAGUCCGGGGACCUGAGUUUGGACCUCUCCCAUGUGCAAGCCUAUGAGGGUGGGGAGACAGGAAGCCAGACACCUGGCAGCAUGCCAAGCACGCCGUCACCGUUGGAGACGGCUAAGCCCUUACCAGGCGGCUCCGGGGACCGUGAGGCAACUUCCUCCUUGACUGAAGACAGCUUCCUCUUUAGUGACAACAUCUCUUUGGGGGAGUCCUUCAACAGUGCUGAGCGGGCAGAGGAGGAGCUGUGCACCAUGCUGUUGGAGAUCAUGCUGUGUGUGAUGCGGCGGGGUGUUGAGGGCUCAGAUGAUGUGGCGUGGCUGGAGCGUGGAAAGGUCUUCUCAGCUCUCACCAAACUGGGCACUGCCAAUGACCUGCUACUUCCUGUUGACCACAUUAAACUCAGUUUACUGGAGCGCAUGUUGGAGUUGGCGGUAAGUGACAACCGCGAGACCUCGGCUGCCACAUUGCCCCAGCACACGGAGAACAUGAUACGGCUACUCCAUAUGGUGCAAGACUUCCUGCAGGCGGAGGGCCUGAUCAACCCGGCCCUGUGGACAGAGAAGGUCCUGGAGAAGACUGUGUCGCUGAUGGACAGCUUGAUGGUGUGGUACUCCUCAGAUGGCCAGUUUCUCCAGCUCUCCCAAAUGGGUCUGCGUCUACUGUUGGGCUUCAUGGCCCAGGAGGACCCCCAGGUGUGCGCCAUGGCCACUGCCAAGCUAAACGGCAUCCUGCAAAUGAAGGAAGUAUCUAGCCAGGAUGAGGCUUGUUACCUGCUGGGAAAUGUUGAGGGCAUCUUGCGGCGCUCGGUCCAGAAGCAGAAUGAGGACACUUACACCUUCCUCGUGCCCUUGCUGCGAACUCUGCUCUCAAAGGUCCACCGGCUCCUCUACAUGGAACUCCACCUCCCACAGCUCCCUGACACCAACGGUAGUCCCUCCUUCUUUGAGGACUUUAAGCUGUACUGCAAGUCACCGGAGUGGCGUGUCUACCUCGACAAAUAUAUCAUCCCCUACAUGAAGCAGUAUGAGAUUGAGACGUUCAGCCAGGGCCAUGAGCACAUGGCUCUCUACUGGAAGGAGUGUUAUGAGGCCUUCAUGGUCAGCCUACAUAAGAGAGAACGAGAAAGGGGCGAGAGCAAGAUCUGCUUUCAGGAGCAGUUUGUGGAGCCCUUCUCACGUCGUGGCCGUCAGGAGAACUUGCGAUACAACAACAUGCUGAAGCAGCAGAACACCCAGAGCAGUGCCACCCUCAGACAGUGGAAGGCUUCCCGCCGGGGCCUGGUGUGUGAGAGAGGCCCGUGGUGUGACAGGCAGCAGGAUCACAUGUACUGGAGGGUGUCCAGCGCUGAGAACUACUCCCGCAUGAGGCUCAAGCUGGUCCGUAACUACAACUUCAACCCUCAUCGUGAAGCUAGCGCUCUGCGAGACAACCUGGGCGUCCAGCAGCAGCCUGUGAACCCAGACUCCCUUCUGCUCGAGGUGGUGAAGCAGGUCAAGGUUAGCGACCUGGAGGAUGACAUUCUCGAGCUACCAGAGGAUGACCCUACUGUCAGCAAUAACCAGGCUGAGCCAGAGGAGGCAGGCCAAAAAGAGAAACUGGUGCUGUGGGAGGACUGUGAGCUGGUGACGGUGGUGGACGUGGUCCCUGGGCGCCUGGAACUCACCACCCAACACAUCUACUUCUAUGACAGCAGCCAGGAAAAAGAGGAGGGAAUAGGUCAUGACUUUAAGUGGCCCCUGUCUCAGAUCCGAGAGAUCCACCUGCGGCGAUACAACCUACGCCGCUCGGCUCUCGAGAUCUUCCUCAUCGACCAGACCAACUACUUUCUCAACUUCAAGAAGGAGGCACGGAACAAGGUAUACAGCCGCAUGUUGCUGCUGCGCACCCUCAACCUGUAUGGAACCCGCUCCCCUCAGGAACUCCUCAAAGCCUCCGGGCUCACACAGAAAUGGGUAAACCGGGAGAUCUCCAACUUUGACUACUUGAUUCAGCUCAACACCAUAGCAGGCAGAACAUACAACGACCUGGCUCAGUACCCAGUGUUUCCUUGGAUUUUAGCAGACUACACCUCAGAGGAACUAGACCUUUCAGACCCUCAGGUGUUCAGGGAUCUCUCCAAACCGGUGGCUGUACUUAAUGAGCGCAAUGCCAAGGCUGUCAGAGAGAAGUAUGAGAGUUUUGAGGACCCGACGGGCACUAUAGACAGGUUCCACUAUGGCACCCACUACUCCAAUGCUGCUGGAGUCAUGCACUACCUGAUCAGAGUAGAGCCCUUCACUUCCCUGCACAUCCAGCUGCAGAGUGGACGGUUUGAUUGUGCGGACCGCCAGUUCCACUCUAUCCCUGCCACAUGGCAAGCCCUGAUGGAUAACCCCAAUGACGUAAAGGAGCUCAUCCCUGAGUUCUUCUACUUCCCGGAGUUCUUGGAGAACCAAAAUGGCUUCGAUCUGGGUCGUCUGCAGAUCUCCAAAGAAAAGGUCAAUGAUGUCAUUCUGCCAAAGUGGGCAAAGUCUCCAGAGGACUUCAUCUACAAACACCGGAAAGCUCUAGAAUCAGAGUAUGUGUCGACCCACCUGCACGAAUGGAUAGAUCUGAUUUUUGGUUACAAGCAGAGGGGCCCUGCAGCAGUGGAGGCCCUCAAUGUUUUCUACUACUGCACGUAUGAAGGGGCAGUAGACCUAGAUGCCAUCACCGAUGAAAAGGAGAGGAAGGCCUUGGAGGGCAUGAUCAGCAACUUUGGACAGACUCCUUGUCAGCUACUCAAGGAACCCCACCCUCUGCGGCUGACACAAGAGGAAGUGGAUAAGAGGAACGCACGACUGGACACAUGUCCCCCCAGCAUCUUUGAACACCUCAAUGAGCUCAAGUCCUUCUUUAUAGAGGGUAUCAGUGACAAUGUGCCACUGGUUAAAGCCGUAGUACCCAAGAACCAGUCCCACUCCUUCAUCAACCAGGGUAGCCCUGACACCAUGGUGACUGUAAAUCAGAGCUGUCUGAUAGGGACUCAUGGCUGGCUGCCUUACGACAAGAACAUCUCAAACUACUUCACCUUCAUCAAGGACCCCACCGUGGCCAACCCUAAGACUCAGCGGUUUCUGCUGGAACCCUUUUCUCCAGGCGUGGUGGUGACAGCGAGCCUGUUUGUGGUGUCCCACGAUGGCAAGCUACUCUUCAGCGGGGGCCAUUGGGAUAAUAGCCUGCGGGUCACCUCCCUGGUCAAGGGCAAGACCGUUGGGCAACAUAUCCGGCACAUGGACAUUGUGACUUGCCUGUCAACAGACCACUGCGGCAUCCACUUGAUCUCUGGCUCUCGAGACACUACCUGCUUGGUGUGGCAGGUUCUACAGCAGGGUGGGUCUCCUAUGGGAUUAUGUCCCAAGCCAGUGCAGAUGUUGUACGGUCAUACAGAUGAGGUGGUCAGUGUCAGCAUCAGCACAGAGCUGGACAUGGCUGUUUCUGGAUCACGGGAUGGCACUGUGAUCAUCCACACUGUGCGUAGGGGCCAGUACAUGCGGUGUCUGCGACCGCCAUGUGAAAGCACAUUGCCUCUCUCCAUCCUGCACCUGGCAGUGUCCUGGGAAGGCCACUUGCUGGUCCAUACAUGCCUGGAGGGCAAGGCCACACUCAAGGAUAAAAAUGCUCUCCAUCUGUACUCUGUCAAUGGGAAGCAUUUGUGCAGUGAGCCCCUGAAGGAGCAGGUGACGGACAUGUGUGUGUCUGGGGAGUAUGUGCUGACAGGCAGUGAGCAGGGCUACCUGUCCAUUCGAACCCUUUACAGCCUGUCAGUCUGCGCAGCGCCCAUGGCCAUGCGUGUGCCAAUACGCAGUGUAUCAGUGACCAAGGAGCAGAGCCACGUCCUCGUCGGCCUGGAGGAUGGCAAGUUGAUCAUCGUGGGCGUGGGCAAGCCGGCAGAGAUUCGCUCAAGCCAGAUCACACGCAAACUGUGGGGAUCCAGCAAGCGGCUGACCCAGAUCUCCUCUGGAGAGACGGAGUACAACACCCACCAGAGCUAGAGUCGAUCUGUCCCGACCCCGUCUUCCUAAUCGCCUAGCCUUCCUACCCCAAGUCCCCCUACACAUUCCCCUGCAGUCCUCUCACCCGACUUUCUGAAUGACCCACCACCCCAAAUCCUUUUCUUUGACUGUUCCUCCUUUAGUUCUUCCAGCCCCUUCCACUCUUUUCAGGCAGUCUGUGGAGGGUGGUUUGGGGGCAACUAGUAUAGGAUAUCUGAAAGGCUGCACGUCAUUUUGUGCGUGUCAUUUGUCGUAUGUGUGUAUGUUUGCAUGCAUGCGCGUGUGUCUAUGGGGCUUGUUUUCGUUCAUGUGAACAACAGGUUGGGAUUUACUGUCUGGCGCAGGCGCUGUAUCCAAAAUCCUUAAGUGGCUUUCACACAUAGCACCAAAUGCACCCCGCUGCCGAGCUCCCCUAAACAUGCUCCUGCCAUCAUCUUCAUCCAUCAGAUGAUAUCAUCAUCAUACUGCAUUAUAAUUCAUAGUGAUUCUAAUUUCUCUUAAUCAAGAGCUCCAGUGCAGAAACACAUGCACCUUUGUAUUGCAGACCUGCUCGAAUAUAAACUUCCAAUAUAAAGUCCUCCAAGUUAAGUCCUCCUCUAGUUCAGGAGAUGUUUGCAUUUGCAGGUAUUUGUAUGUAUGUGUGUGUGUGUGUGUGUGUGUAUGGAUCGUUUAUUCUCCUGCACUCUGUCUCCAGUUUCAAGUGGCUU